CAAGGCGAUUUCUCCAGUCGAGUCAUUUUCCUCCAUUGCACCGCGGUUGCUUCUUCGGUGCGUUCCGCGUAGUCGGUGGUAUCAUAUGAAUCGUGGGGUGUGUGCUGACCAGUGAAGCAGCGGGAGAGCCCUCGGACGUUCCAAGGGUCGCCACGAGCGGACCCGGUUUCCGCCGCGGCGGUUGGCAACUCUACCAACUCUACCGACCCUGUUUCGCCAGGGCUCACGGAUCAUUAGCCUUCACCGAAUCGACCAGAGACGGGUAUGGCAGGAGGUGACCUCGCGAAUUUACGGUGCGUGUCCGGUUUUUCGGAUGCCCUGGACUGGAGGCCCACGCUGUUUCAUGAGCCCGUUGUGGCGCAGAGGGCGUGCGCCCUGUGCGGUGUCGUGGCCAGGAAAGCGGUCCGACUCUCGUGCGCUCACACUAUGUGCACCGAGUGCCAGGCCACCUGCCUUCAACUGGGAAGCAGGUGUCCGCUCGACGACGAGUCCUUCUGUGAGGAGGACCUGAUCCGAUUCGAGGUUUCUGAUGGCUUCCUCGCAAAGCGCAAGGUUGCCUGUUGGAACACACUGAACGGCUGCGACUUUGUGGGUACUAUAGACAGCCUCUCGGACCAUUUCAAGGAGUGCACGUUCCACGUGGUCUCUUGCCCCCGGUGUCACCGUUCCGUGCUUCGACGCAACAUCGUGCAGCACGCGAAAGAUCGUAGCUGCGAGCUUACAGCUACAAAGACAGCUGUCCAGGUCACCCACGGCAUGAACAGCGUCGAAAUGGCGUGCUCCGAAGUGAAGGAAGCGGUGGCGAAAAUCUCGGAGGACCUGAUGUCCCUGCAGACGAGCCUUAACCGCUGUUGCGAAGACGUCCGCGCAGUAGACGCAAAGUGCGAGCGCCAUCUCGAAGUCCAGGCCAUGAGUCUGGCCGGACAGAUCAACGAGCUCAGCGCGCUCUGCACCACAGGCUUUGCCGAGGACAGGAGGACGCUCCACGAGGCGAUGGCCGACUGCAGGGACCAGCUGGCCAGACAGAUGAGCGCGCAGGGCGACAGGGCGGUCGAAGCGACCAACAAGUUGUCCCAGAGUUUCGCCGGCCUUUGCGGACCCAAGACGUCCCACUGGUAUUUCGCGUUCUGGGAGGACCUGAAGAGACGGGCCAUCAAGAAGGGCUACGCGGACGCUUUCGGACCCGUCCGGGAUAUGUUUGGGUACAGGGUGAGCCUGUGCGCGGACAUUGGGAAGGACGACGACCAUCUCCGAUUCGGGUGUUUUCUGACGCUUCACGGCGGGCAGGACGACGGGGAGGUGGAAUGGCCCUUCGGCAAAGUGUACACUGUAGGGGUCAUUCACCCCGAGGACAAGACGAAUGUGAUCUCCAUAAAGGUGGACGCGAGUAAAUAUUCGGGGUUGAAGAACUUCGAGAAGCCCAAAGGGGUGAGGAACUUGAGCUUCGGCGAUCCUUAUUUGUCCUCUCCGGAUAAGCUUGAGAGCGAAGGGUUUGUUUCCAAUGGGGAGCUCCAUUUGUUUAUGACGGUUGAGCCGUGAUCUGGUCGGCCUCUUAGCCUGGCUGAUGGUUGUAAGCAACGUGCUGGCUGAUAAGCAUCUUCACAAGGAAUUCUGUAACUACAGCAUAUACCCGGAAAAUUAUAAUAAUGUUGUUUUUGUCACAACAAAAAUAAAAUAUUUAUCGCUAACUCCGCACAAAUGUAACGAACGGUCCGGACCAGGUGUCAAGUUUUCAGAACUAACCGUUUUCUUAGUUAAAAAUUAUAAAUUACUUUCUGAAGGUUUCAGUGGGAACAUGUGAUGUUGAGUUGAGUCCAAGUAACAUGUGAUAGCCGAGGCCAUUAAUCUCCAGGUAUAUUCGUGGGCAUCGUCGGCCGCCAUUUUUUCAUUGAAAAUUUCCCAAACAUUAAACUCUUGAACUCGGCAAGCUAUGAAACUUUGGCAUCUGGCCAACGCUACUUUUGGACGAAGACUGAGCUUCCGAUAGUGUACCUUUUCUUCUUUAGGGGGGGGGGGGGGGGGGGGGUUAUUUUAAACCUUUGACAUGCAAUAUGUAAUAUAGACAAUCCUAAAAUAAAGGUAUUUUAUUUAUACU